AUAAUUGGGAGUGGCCGUGGCACAGUGAACGCUGGCAGCCAGUGAGCGGAAGAUUUGUAAUCUCUGUCACAGGGCUGCUGUGCCAUUGGCUUUCACAGGGAGCUACCGCCACAAUCAGUGAGGCGACAAGCUUGGGUUGGUCCCGGGUUGAGUCUCCACAAUGAGCCGGUUUCAGAGCUUGAUGCAACCCGUCGAAAGUUAACGCGUCUCCCCUGCAGUCUACUUGGUAACAUUUUGUACGUUUUAGUCGCCGAGACGCCUCUUGAAGGACGACUGACACCGGCUCACCUUAUGAUUUCAUCCCGUUAAAAGCUCUUGCGAGGCACAACAGUUUUUUCAUGGCGUCUCCACAACAGUCAAGAAUUCAGUCAUAUCUGGAAAAGAAUAAAAUCGGACCUUUGUUUGAGGAGUUGAUGACCAAAUUGAUAACUGAGACGCCAGACCAUCCAAUUCCUUUUCUCAUUGAUCACCUGCAGACCAAGCAAGACAGCCAUGGCAAGCUGCACAGAGCUCUCUCUGGCUCUGCAGCACUGUGGGCACAGAGCUCCCCAGAAAGCAAAAACACUCGAAGGGAGUACAGCAACUAUGAGAAGCCAUGGCAAAUUCACCCAAAGAAACCAAAGAAAUCCAAGAGUGACCUGGCUGUUUCGAGCAUCUCCCCUCCUUCACCAGAAUCUAAGUCCUUGCCACGGUCAAUCGAGUACCCGUCCUGGGACUGGAGGGAGAGCAGGGACUUUGACGAGCUCAGCCACAUUUUACAGGAGAGCAAGAAGCUGGGCAAGGCCCUGGAGAGCCUGUCACGCAGCAUCGCCAUCUCUGAUGAGCUCGACCAGAGCUUGGGAGGCUUUAAUUCAGUGCUGCGUCCUCGGGUGGUGGGGGAGUGGAUUGGACGUGAGGAAGAGGAUGCAGACCCUCUGGCUGCAGAGAUGCUGCAUCCCCCAGUCCCUCGGGCCAAAACUGAAGUGUGUUGGAGCGGAGUCAACAGUCCUGCUGGGAGCCUGAAGAUGGAAACAAAGAGCAAAGGGCUAAAGGAGCAGCAGCAGCAUCAUAAGAAGCUCCUUGCAGCCAUGUUGUCACAGGACUCAUUCGAUUCAGUCCACAGCCCAGCUCUCUCCAUCACAGAGGAAGAGAUGGAGGACGAAGACGAUGCCAUGGAGCUUCUAGAGGACCUGGAUGACCUGCGGAUGGAGGGCGUGACAGGCUUGGCUCCGUCCGGCAGUAAGUUCAGCCAGGGACGUAGCUCCUAUCAGCUUGAACCGCAGGCCAAAGUUACACUCAACAUCUGCUCUAGGUGUGCCAGGUUACAGGGGGACAGUCUAUCAGACAGCAGAUUUGAAGAGGACCACCGGCCUCACAUAUCUGAGCAAGCUGUACCUGACAUCUCCUCUCCGUUAGAAUGCGAGUCUCAAGUGUCAGGCUCUCGUCACGCUGUCUGGGAGACUGAUCUGAAAGCUGUGAGAGGCGGGAGCUCAGUCGGGCAAACGGGCCUCCUACUGGGUGACUCUCUCUUUUCGAAAGAGCUGGAGAACAUGGGCAAACAGCUCGCCGAGGUUGAGAAGGACUUGGCCAAGCUGGCAGAAGUAGGGAAGAUGACCACCCGGGGCUCCAAUAAUCCUCACAGUAGUCUGCUCCACACCCCUCUGCACCACAGAACCCUACCUGACACACUUCCUCUCCCCAGCCUGGUCUCCAGGCCUCAGUCUUCAGCUGGCAGCCUCUCAGGCAAGCCCUGUGAUGUGGGCCUCCCUUUGUUUAGCCAUAAGCCCACCUCCCUGGUCAUGGGUCGGACUCAAUCUCCCAGCAACCCUGGUAGCAGGACACAAACCCCUAGAACACCCAGCAGGCCCCUGACCCCAAAUAGUUUGCUGUCUCGCUCUACUUUUAACUCUGGAUCUCACAAAGAAGUAACCUUCAGGAGGUCCCGGAGCCGCCCUGUGACACCCACAAGUCAGCCCAUGCACCCCCGACCACUGCUCACCCCUCCUGGACUAAGCACUACAGACAGCCUGGGUGCCAGCCUCCGGGCCUAUCUGUCUGAGGAUGAGUUUUACCAGCAGUUACAGGCCAUCAGACAGCCCUGGCAUAUUCCCAGUGACACAGACAGUGACAUCCUGGAGCCUCCUGAACAAGAUAAGAGUGGCACACGAGAUGCCAGUAUGAGAUCUCUGUUUUCAGGCCUAUAGUGACGAAGAUCAGACACACUGAUCCAAUCAAACUAUUAUGCAAACCACUGGACAUUUUGAAUAUGUGAACAAAGACAAGUAUUUUUAUAAUUCAUAUGAAUGGGAAAAGGUUGUAUACUUUUUCACAGAUAUUUCAAAGCCAUUGUACUAUAAUUAUGAUAAAAAAGUGAAACUACUACUUCAUACAGUAUAGAACAUACUGUUUAUUUUUGUUUGCUUUACAGCAUGCUAUUGAACUUACAUGUGGAGGCUGGAAACAGAUGCAUUUUGUUGUUGCCACAGUCUUUUUCAAGGUCUGCAUAGUGCAUAUUUACAUUGUGAGGGUAGCACAUCCGUGUUAAGAAAAUGUUUAUUGAUAUGCACUGUUAGAAGGUGUAGUGGUUUUCAAAAACAGGGAAAUUGUGGAAGGAAUACAAGGAAUGCUGUUAUAUUAAUUAAAAUUAUUUGGUGCACAUGUCCCCAU